UUGAAUUUGCAUGGAUUUGGAAGUUAAAGGAGUUGCUGCAUCCCCUCGAAGGAAGGCUGAGUUGUCAUUGAGGGUGAAGAAAUGUCAGGUAGUCAAUGGGAGGCUUGUGAUUGUUUUUCUUCCUUACUUUGACACUUAAAGAAAUAUUUUAAUCAUACUUCAGAAGGUUCUUCGUUUGAGGUUAAAAUCCAUUCUAUAGAGAAGACACCUUUUAAAGAAAUUCUUUUUGUUGGAAAGGGAUAGUUUAGUGCGACAGCUUCUGAAAUGAAGGUGAGAAAUUCCAAUAUAAACAGCUAUCCUAGAAUAACUGCUACUCUGAGUACUUAAUUGGAAUGUGGGGAAUUUAAGAAUGAAUUUAAGUACUUGCAGUUAAGAGCAACAGAGGCUGGAACAUGUACUGUGUGCUGUCUCAUUCUGUUGGUGAAACUGGCAACAGGUGUGGCUGUGUUUUUGUUUUGCAAGACAGCAGUAAAGCAGCCCCCAAAAUAUAAUUUUAAAAGGCAUGAUUUUAGGUCGACAUGAGAGAUGAAUCUCAGUGCUCUCUGUUCAGUAUGAAGGGAAAUUACAUUUUCCAGGUAUUCCUAAUAGUCUGCGCUUUGGGAUAGGGUAGGUGUGCAAUCCUCACAGGCUCACUGUAGUAGAAACUUUAGUGCUAGCUUUUGAUAGUCCCUAUGAAUAUGAUCUUGGAUUCUGAGGGCCAUUUUUUCCUUACUGCUAAGCUAAAUAUUAAUAUUGUUAGUAACAGUUGAUUUUUCUCACAGAUAAUGCGUAUUUUAUGUCCAUGAACUAAAGUUAAUUGCUAAUCCUCCCUCAGCCCCCAAGCACUCAUUUUACUUCCUUAUUUGUUGCAUGACCCCGUUAGAAAUUCUUGGAGUUUGACUGCCAAGUUGCUGGUCUUCUUUUCAGUUUGAUUUGGAAUGAAAAAAGACCUUUUGUAAAUGAUAACACAUUAAUGUUAUAAUAUUACUGUUAAUGUUUUAACCAGGUUUUUUAAAAUUAAAUACCUGUGGACAACAGGAACAUUUGGGGCAUUUAGUGUAGGCUGUAAAAGAAAAGAAAUGUCAUUUUUUCUCUAAUCUCUCAUCCCCCCCCCUUUUUUUUUCUUUCUCAUGCAACUAAGUUUCCAAAUUUAGACUCUCUAGUCCACAUGAUGUUUGGUAAUUUUCAAAAUCAAAUCUUUAAUUAAAAUUAUGCUGAAAUCAUGUGCUUCACCCCAGUGUUCACAAUGGCUUUUGUUUGCUUUCUUCCUGAUUUGUUGACUUCUAGAGAAGGAAUUAUAUUAGGACUUUAACAUUUAGAAUUAGCUGUGUUCUUUACCUCACCACAAUUGAACGGUGCAGAAAAAAGAUAAAUAUGAGAUAUAAUGCUUUGUUUUUUGGUGCCUUGACAGUCCUACGUAGGUGACCACACGGUGGCGGUGCUCAUUAUGUACAGAGAACUCCAAAGCUGGAAACCCGGACUCGUUCUGGAGUCACUAGAGGGUAGUGUUGCCGAAAUUCUGUUUCGGGAGCAGCUGCAAGGCUGUAUGGCAAGAAAGGAGUUACAGUAUUGUGCUUGCUCUCAGAUCGUGAAGGAUGUUUGGGCACUGGAAAUAGGAUUCUGCUCAGCUUAGGCUGUGAUGCUGAGAUUUAUGAGCUGAAAAGUGUGAAAACAAAAAUGUUAGUCCUGGUUCUGAAUGUUCUUGAAUUUUUUUUGUUUUUCAGAUUUGGAGACCAGUUAGGUGAACUGUUAAUUUUUGCUUGUCCCAAGCAGCCUUCCCUAUGGAUUUGCUGCUAGCUGUUUUCAAAAGCAGUAGGGGGAUAGGAGACAGUCUUUUUUCUUGCUAUGUUCUUGCUCGGUGGAGUUUGAAGAUCUGUGUGCUAUGCAGACUUGCAAAAUAAAUAAAGUGAACUGCCUAAUCGUCAUCACUAUUACUGUAGUAAAGCUGAGAUGAAACAGUUACACCAAAUAUCAGGAGCUCUUUGGGGUCUGAGCUAGCUCCUUGUGAGCCAGCUGGCUGUCAGUCUUGUGGUUUUGGUUUAAGGGUUGGUUCCCAACCGACAAGGACAAUGUGACCUAAAGCCUUGUGAGCAGUGACGGAACAAAGCCUCAGGAACAUGGAUUAUUUUUAAUGUAUUAUUAAUAGCUGAUGUGGAUGCUAUCUAGAUUCUUAAUGGCUUGAAAUCUUUCUGUCAUGAUGAAUAUUCAGUCUUCUAGUCUCAUGAUGUGUAAGAAUUAGCUUUCAAUGAGAAGUUUUGGUUUUUUUCCCCCUUGUUAUUAGUGUCUUAGUCAAGUAUGUUGGACAGAUACUUUGAGGCUCUAAUUUUAAAUACUUCAAAGGAAAUUGAAAGGGACAACUAUGUAUUUUAAUCUGGAUCCCCUAGGUAUGUAAUAAUAUGUCAUUCUUUUAGGGCUGGAGACCAAAUAGACAGGCUACACACAGUCCUCACCCACCAGAGGUGCCAUGCCUAGAUCUAACGAGGCUUGGAGAUUCUGAUGAAGAGAAGAUUUUCAAGCUGUUUAAAAAUAUUUUAAUGUAUUCCUCUGAGUGGCCUUUAUUUCUGCACUUCUUGCUUCUGGGGCUCUGACCAAGCUUUCCUUGAGACAGAUAGAUUCCGGCUUCUUCAGUAACUGUAAGACAAGACCAGAAAAUCUGAUAUCUGCCACAGACAGAUCCAAACCAAAGCAUGGCCAGUAUGAAUCAGGUAUGAAGGAAGAAUAUAAGCAACAUCCUCAGAGAACUGCAGAAAAGAAAAAAGACCACCUCCAGUGUCCAGACACUUCAAUAAAGGGUACACAGCUUGAUGAUGGACAAGAUGAUUUUGUAACUAUUGAUAAGAAAGCUCUCCUGCAACAAUGCUAUACAAACAAGCCUUAUAAAAUGCAGCACAAUGUAAGGAAAUCAGAAGCUGAGGAUGUGGCUGCAGAGAGGAGAAAACAGGCUGUUGUAGAACAAGUUAUGGUGGAUCAAUUAUGUAGAGCUGUCAUAAGUGAUCCAGAGCAGUCCACACGUUCUGAUGCUUGCAAGGAAGCUCAAGGACUUCUGGGAGCUGGCAUAGCACCGAUGCGUUUUAGAAAAAGGACACUCCAUGAAACCAAAGGAAGGACCAAAUCAGGACUAACUGAGAACAUGCUUUCCAACAAGCUACGCUUUGAUAGUAGGAUUAUAUCGAGAAAUGGUCAUGAUGCUUGUAGGGAGUUGAUUGGAUUUUUUUUUGCAUGUGACAAAUCCCUUACUGUGUAUGAAUAUCGACAGUUUGGAAAAAACAGAACAAAUGCCUUGCCUUUCAUUCAGAAGGGAGUUUAUCAACAUCAACGUGGACAAAGAAAGGGAAAAGCUUAUGAUCUUAGUGACUUCUACAUUGGAGCCAAUCUGACUUUCCGAAGUGUUGAUCAUAACCUUCCAGAAAGUGUUAAGCAGAACCCCAUCUUCACCCUUCGUGUGAUAAGUAUUGAUGAAGCAGCUAUGGAUAAUCUAAAAGCUUCUUCUGUGGAGCUCAAGGAAGAGUGUUCCAGGAAAGUGGUUGAUGACAGCAAAGUUUUCAAGAAGAUUCAAGGUAUAUUCAGAGAAACACUAAGUAAAAGAGGAGUUCGGGUUAUAACAGGCUUAGGAAAAUAUUUCCGACAAAUAGACAAGAGCAGAAAUGGCUUUCUUUCUCAAGCAACCUUGAAAGAAGCUCUAAAAGUAUUCCAUUUGGAAAUACCUGAAGGGGACUUUGAAUCCUUAUGGCUUAUUCUUGAUGAUAGCAAGAGUGAUAAGGUCGACUAUGGAGAAUUCACCCAUGCCAUCUUUGGAGAAAUGAAUGAAUAUAGGAAAGCAUUUGUAAGAAAAGCUUAUAUGAAACUAGAUUUCAAUAAAACUGGGAGUGUGCCUAUGAUAGAUGUCAGAAAAUGUUACUGUGCAAAGAAACAUCCUGUGGUAUUGACAGGCAAAACUGCAGAAGAAGAAAUGAAAUCUUCAUUUCUAGAAGCAUUAGGAGAGUCCUGCAGCAACCCCAAUGAAGUGUCCUAUUCUGAGUUUGAAGAUUACUAUGAAGGAUUAAGUUUUGGAAUUGUGGAUGAUGAUGAUUUUGUUAAUAUCUUAAGGAAUUCAUGGGGAAUUUAGAGUGGAAGAUGACAAAAAAGAGGGGACUUUUCUAAACAAGGAAUGGCUGAAUAAGAGAGGAUGAAGUCUUGAUAUGCUUUCUAAUUAGUGUCUUAAACUGAUUUCAGUGACAGAAAACUUUAGAUGCUUUCAAAAUAAUAUGUGGCAAAUUUCAUGGAGUGUCUGUUGAGUUAUGGUAGCCACUCUUCUAAUAAAAAUACUGUUCAUGACUUUUCACUGGAAAUUAAGGCUGUUUCCCAUACCAAAAGCCAUUUUUUUUUUUAUAAUAAAAUAAAGUGUCCCAUUUUAAAAUAAGGGAAUUAGAAUACAAAAAUGCCUGAAGGGGUAUGUGCAAGAGAAAAUUUUGUUUUAUGAUGCAUUGUGAAAAGCUUCAGAUUUGACUGCAUAAAUGUGAAUUGUAGCUUUUCUUCAGAAAUUUUUUUACAGCAUUCUUUGUCUCACUUAUUUUUUCUUAUGCAGGUACUUAGCUUGAAAGAGAGCAGGUCAUCCUUUUCUGAUUUUGAGGAUGUCUACUGUACUGAAAGUGCAGAGAUGUUCACAGCAUUAGCCCCUUGGCCUGUGCACUGUCUUGACUGAUCUUGCUUUGUCAUUUUGGUCAGGCAUCUGAAGCUGAGCAUUGAAUCUCAAAGGUUUUAGUAAUCACACAUGUAUUUUGUAAUGCUUAUCUUCCUUUCCUGUAUUUUGCUAAGUAGUUUUCAAAACAAAUAAUUUAUAUUUAAAUAUCUGUUUUCUUUAUAUUGCUGGGAUUUUUAAACUAAAACAUAGCAAUUAAAUCUUUUGUCAAACUGAUAUAUAGCAUUUUCUAUCUACUCUGAAAGUAUAAAAGAGAAAAGUAUUUUUAAAAAGGCC